AUGAACAUCAAGAACCCUCGGUGGGACGGCGUGCCGUUCAUCAUGAAGGCCGGCAAGGCAUUGAACGAGCGCAAGGCCGAGGUGAAUUGCUCCAUCUAUGGCGCCCCCGCGGCUGUCGCGAAACAACUCUCGUGUUCCGAAGAAGACGAGCCCAUCUCCGUACCGACACAGCAUGCAGUGACCCAUGGAGAUGUCGUCCACAACAUCCGACUCGACCUUACGGAUGCACUGGUGGGGUACGCGUACACUUGA